AUGCAUAUAACAUUAGGGGCGUUUGAUGUGGAACCAUUUCGAUGCGCAAAAUCAAGUUUUUGUGUGAAUAGUUGCAAUCCAUCACCAUGUCCAGGGAAUGGUACUUGUGUAUUGAAAUCAAGUUACAAUGAAGAUCUUAUUGGAAUGUAUCGGAAUUUAUGGAAUGUAUCAUGUGAUUGUCCUAAACCGGGAUAUAUAUUUCGAUUUGAUGUGAACAAAUGUGUGGAUAUUAAUGAAUGCUUAUAUGUUAAUUGCGAACAAAUGCACGGUGACAAUUGGGAAUGCGCUAACUUAAAAGGUUCCUAUAGUUGUGUGUGUAAAUUAGGAUUUAUUCCUAUAAAUAAUAGUUGUAUGCCUAUAAAACUUUUUCCCGGUUUAUCUUGGAAAGGCCCAGCACUUGCUGGAGCCAUAAAAUUUCAUUUGCAAGUGAUAGUUUUAAUUUUUUCCUUAUUGCUAUCUUCAUCGUAA